AAUUAAAGAAAACUGGACGCCUAUGGGAAAAGAAGACAGCAAUUGACCGCCAAACAUGUGUAGCCUUUUGUCGAUAAGAAAGCGAAAAAGAAAGCAAAAAUAAAUAAAUAAAGGCGUACCAGGUUGAAUGACGACAUGGGAUUGGCUGUUUGGUUCCGGGUAACGUUAAUGUUAUUGCCACCCUCGUUAAGCAGCCAUGUGGUUUUGACUAGAUCUUUUUUUGUUUAAACCACAAUAGCAAAUCCGUGUUUACAGUUUGAUUGCGAACGAUGAGUUCUCAGAAAGGCAAUGUUUCCCGGACGCGAGGACAGAAAUAUCAAAACUCAACUGCCUUCAGAAAUAAUAAGUACGGCACAAGUGUUCAAGUAAAGAAAGCCAAUGACAAGGUCCACGAGGGCAUUUGCAAACGCUGCAAAGAAGUGCUGGAGUGGAAAGUAAAGUACAUGAAGUAUAAGCCACUGACUCAUCCAAGCAAAUGUGUGAAGUGUCUGCAGAAGGCGGUGAAGGAUGCGUACCACAUCAUCUGCAAGGCCUGCGCACUCCAGCUGGAGCUGUGCGCCAAGUGCGGGAAGAAGGAGGACAUUGUUAUUCCGCUCCGUACUGAGAAUGAGGAUGAGGUGGAGGAAGAAGGUGGAGCUCAGAAAGCCAGCCAGGAGAGGACGGGGCGGAGCAGACGGACCAGAGCACAGGAUGAUGAUGAAGAUGAUGACUUUGACGAUGAAUUUGACACAGGCAGCGAUCUGGACAGCUCUGAUGGUGACACAAGGCCCAGGAAUAAACAAUGCAAGGACCCUGUACCUCAGGUCUCUACUCUGCAGAUACAGGACCCCAGUAAGCUGGGAUAGUGUUUCAUAAAGACCCCACAUUCCACAUACUGUGAGCUGAAAAAGUGUACACUCCUUGAUUUUGUCACACAGUGAUUUCAAAUCUUUAGACAAGAUGAAAUAUUAGAUGGAUCCUGUGGAUUACUUUUUCACUGGGGUGAUAUGGAUGUUUGACAACUUCUUUCAUUAAAUAAAUGAAAUCCAAA